UAAGAAAGAGCUCUCUUUCAUUCAGAGCAGGGACGACGGUGGGAAGCUAAUAUAGUAACUCAAAUUAUUACCUGUGAUUUACAACCCUCCAACUUCAACACCAACUUCAUCACAAAAACGACGAGAACAUCGUAGAAUACCUACAUAUAGAACACAGGAUAUUACUAUCGCACCACUCCAACCGCCCCCCAUACUACUGUCGACAAAUGCAUCGUCAUAACCACUUAUCCACUCGCAUAUUUCGCGCGUCCCUCCACCUUGCAUAAACGACACCUUAACCAUGUUCUUAAAUCCCCAAUCGCGAUGUUCUUCUUUCGCGGCCUCUCCCGAACGUCCAUUAGGCGCCUCUCCAAGUUGGCCAGUAUCCCAUCACGACCUUCCACGACACCCCGCAUCGGCAACAGCACAUUAACAUGCAGAAGAAGGUACCACGUCGAGGGCUUGAUGCUUGCUCCAGUGGUCUUCGGUGGCUUGUUCGUAGCGCUUUGGACCUGGAAAUGUUUUAUGCUCGUCAUUUUUCAGAACAAGAUCAUUUACAUGCCCGGUCUGCCGCCUAAUUCGCGGUGGGAGAAGAUUCAAGAUUAUGCUGGCCGAUGCGCUGGUAUUCAAUGGCGCGAGGAAAGAGUCCGCGCCAGAGACGGCACAGAUCUGGCUUUAUGCAUCACAGACUUAGACCUUGGUUCUAGUGCAACGUCUGUACAGCCGAGUGUUGCAUUCUAUAUCCUGUAUUUCCAGGGGAAUGCCUCAUCGAUUCCCCCACGAUUGCCCGAUCUCUCUUCUGCGCUGUGUAUGCUGAAGCGACGGUCCAUGCAAUGGCAUGACGGGAAUAUCCGAUGCACCAUGGUAUGCCUUAGCUACAGAGGCUAUUGGACAUCACGAGGCAGCCCAACCGAGAAAGGUAUUAAUAUGGAUGCUGCCGCGGCCCUACAUUGGAUUUCUCAGAUGCAUCGUGAUACUUAUGGCGGGGAAGAUGGUGAGUCGAGACCAUCGGCAAAGCUUGUGCUUUGGGGACAAAGUAUUGGCGCGGGAGUGGCUACCAACCUCGCUGCUCAGACUCCGAUGCCAGCGAAUAUACAGCUAGACUCGCUGAUUCUCGAAACCCCCUUCACUUCUAUUCGUGCCAUGCUAGAGGUUCUCUAUCCACAGAAGUGGUUACCCUAUCGGCAUCUUUGGCCCUUUCUACGGAAUCACUUAGACAGCUGGGAGAAUCUAGGAAUUAUAUCCGAAAAAUAUGGAUCUAGCAAAUCCCCUGAGAUAUUUGUCUUAGAAGCAGCCAAGGACGAGCUUGUCCCACAAGAGCUGAGUCAGAAGCUCUAUGACAGGUGUUUAGACACCCAGUUUCCUGUGUCUAGAGAAGUCGUAGGCGGGGCAUUUCACAACGACACCAUGUUUCGAGGCGAAGGCAGAAGAGCUGUCUCCAAUUUCUUGUCGCACAGAAUUGCUUCCGCUCGUGUCUGAAUUUCAUUGGCCCUAUCACCAGUGGUAUCACCACUGUAACCUGUGUUCCACAAAGCUGGGACAUUGACUUGGGUCAAUGCAAUGCUUCUUUCUUACCCGUAUGUAGCCAAAUAUGACUGCCGGUCUACUUCCUACUCAUAGUAGGUACCGACUACCCCUCUAGGUAAUUCCCGAUCAUCUAACCAAGCUCCUAAAGAGAGUAUUGGAAAACGAUGGGUCGAUAGGUAGUUACAGGAUCUCAAGUGCAUCGAUAUUGAUAGCUAUAAUGGGAUAGAGCCUCGUCUGAUA